AAUGGGCGUGCCGCUACCCGUCCGCUCUUUAGCAGCCGCUCGGGGGUGGUGGAAAGAGCCAGUGAGGAGAGCGCGACGGCGGCGGCGGAGCCAUCGGUGGAAGACCCGAGGGAAAGCGAGGCCCCAGCCUGUGCAUCUAGUCAUCACCUUCGGAACCACCUCAGCAUCCUCAGCAUUUGAGACCAGCCAACACUGCUUUUGUUGUUGUUGUUGUUGUUGUUUUUAAGCUUAACUCCUUUUACUGAACAACCAUGAGCUCCCAGAUUCGUCAGAAUUAUUCCACCGAAGUGGAGGCUGAGAUCAACCGUCUGGCCAACCUGUAUCUGCAUGCCUCUUACACUUACCUCUCUCUGGGCUUCUAUUUCAACCGUGAUGAUGUGGCUCUCCAGGGUGUGGGCCACUUCUUCCGAGUGUUGGAGGAUAAGAAGUUCAAGGGCGCUGAGCUUCUUUUUAAGAUGCAAAACCAGCGAGGUGGCCGCAUUGUUCUCCAUGAUGUGCAGAAGCCUUCCCACAAUGAGUGGGACAAAACUCAGGAUGCCAUGGAAGCUGCCCUGGCCUUAGAGAAGAACCUGAACCAAUCUCUUUUGAAGCUGCAUGCCCUGAGUUCUGCCCAUAAAGACCCUCAGCUCAGUUACUUCCUAGAGAAACACUUCCUGAAUGAGCAAGUGAAUCUCAUCAAGAAGAUGGGCGACCAGCUGACUAACUUCCACAGAGUGACCAGCACCAAGGCUGGGCCAGAUGACCCCCAAACUGGGCUGGGCGGCCCCCAAACUGGGCUGGACGGCCCCGAGGCUGAGCUGGGCGGCUCCCAGGCUGGGCUGGGCGAGUAUCUCUUUGAAAGGCUCAGCCUCAAGCAUAACAAGGGGUCUUUGGAGCCCAAAGGCCUUUGAGGGGCCCCUCUGUAUUCCCCUGGUGUCUGGCUUUUCCCUGAGCCUCUGCCUGAAACCACUCACCAUUCUUUUAACCACCCUGAAGCCCUCUCCAUGCAUUAGACCAAAUGGAAACAAUAUAAAGCUUUUGCAUCAAAGGAAACAAAAAAGUAAAAAUAAUUCAAUUUUUUGGCCCUGGCCAGGUAGCUUAGUUGAUUAGAGCAUUAUUCCAACAUGUGAACGUUGAGUGUUGGAUCCCUGAUCAAGGCACAUACAAGAAACACCCAGUGAAUGCAUACAUAGAUGGAACAACAAAUCAGUGUUUCUCUCUUUUUCACCCUUCCUCUGUAAAAUCAAUCAAUAAAUAAUCCUAGCUGCUUUUGUUCAGCAGAGGGAGCGUUGGCCUGUGAACCAAAGGGCCCUGGGUUCCAUUCUGGUCAAGGGCAUGUACCUUGGUUGCAGGCUUUUCCCUGGUGUGGGUCCUGGUUAGGUCUCCUGCAGGAGGAAACUAAUUGAUGUGUUUUCUCUCACAUUGAUGUUUCUAUCUUCCCCUUCCUCUUCUACUCUCCCUAAAAAUCACUGGAAAAAUAUCCUUGGGUGAGGAUUAAAAUUAAUCAAUAAAUAAAAAAAUAAAAAAUGUGAAAGAAUUCAAGCUUUGAGUGUGCAUAUGUGGUGUAGGAGCUUUGCAGUAUUGCAGCAAACAGUUAUUAAUUAUGUACAAAUUAAAAUCUUUGGUA